AUGGACAGUGAGGGAGUUAUCCAAACUGACCACCAGAAAAUUGAAGAGGAGAUCUUGAAGUUCUACAAAGACUUAGUUGGUAAGUCAGUUGGCAAAUUGAAAAGUAUUAACUUGGUGGAUUUGAGGAAUGGCCCCCAAUUGAACAAUGACCAAAGAGAUGCCUUGUCCUGUUCCAUCUUUGAUGCUAAAAUCAAAACUGCUUUAUAUGGGAUCCAUGACAAUACUGCUCCAGGGAUUGAUGGGUUUGGAGCUAAGUUUUUCAAAGCGUCUUGGGAUAUUAUCAAGGAGGAUUUGGGGAAAGCAGUUAGGGAAUUCUUUGGAUCUAGCUGCCUGCUUAAUGCCAUGAAUUGUACUCUUGUGACUCUCAUCCCCAAAGUGAACAAUGCCACCAUGAUCAAAGAUUAUCGCCCCAUAUCUUGUUGUACUACUCUUUACAAGGUGAUAUCCAAGAUUAUGGCCAACAGGCUUAGCAAAGUUCUUAACAGUAUCAUAGAUAACAGCCAAGCUGCCUUUGUUCCAGGCAACCAUAUCCAAGACCAUAUCCUGUUGGCUUUUGAGCUGAUCAAAGGGUAUAACACCAAUGGUGCUCCUCCUAGAUGCAUGAUCCAAAUGGGUCUACAGAAAGCAAAUGACACAAUUGAAUGGUGUGCCCUUGAAGCUAUCAUGAAGGAGAUGAGUUUCCCUCAAAAAUUCAUCAACUAG